UUUUGAAAGACCUGGCCGGAAAAGUGAUUUCUUCAUAGUGUCUACCUUGACGAUGCUCAUGACAAGCCACUCAUUGAUGUAAGCAGCGCCCACGGCUUAAAUGAGCCUCGUUCAGGAGCAUUUCUUAGUUCAGAUACGGACGGAGAGCAGACAGAGACGAACUCUCCUGCUUCUCCUCCUCCUCCACCACCUCCGUAAUCUUUCUCCAUCUCUCUCUCUCUCUCUCUUUCUCUCUCUUCCUCCCCCUCUCCACCAUCCAUCCAUCCAUAUGCGUCUUUUGGAUACCUACCUCUCCUAGAGCGCGUCAGUCCUCCUGGAUCAGACCAUCCUGCACAUGUCAUCUCCACUGUAGUCCAACUGGAAGCUGUAUUUACAGUGAUGAUGCCUGGCUGAUCGACUCGCAGCAGUGUUCAUCUUCCAGUCAGACGCAGCGGGAUCGCCGACUCAACAAGAGCUUUGGUGCUGCUUUUCCUUCUUGGAGCGUGGCUCUGCGUAAUGGAUUUACCGUUGUCAGAGAAAAGUUGGAUUUUGUGAUUUCGUGGAGUUCUUAAAAAAUGGACAGAAAAGGAGGGCGUUUUUAAUAAAAAAAGGUGCUUUUGUGUUGGAAUCACACCGUGAGAGGAAAUGCACAGAGCGUGGAUACUCUUCUUUCUAAUAGAAGAGGGUUUCGCUCUGGCACAGAGGACUAAAGAUUCCCCAAGCGAACAUGGCGGCCAGACCCCUAACCAGAACGACUGUGGCACGUGGGUCCGCAGCAUCAAUGGCGGGGUGUUCACAUCGCCAAACUACCCCAACACCUACCCACCCAACAAAGAGUGUGUUUACAUCCUGGAAGCUCUUCCCAGGCAAAGGAUUCAGCUCACUUUUGAUAAGAAUUACUACAUCGAGCCAUCAUUCGAAUGCCGCUUCGAUCACAUCGAAAUCCGUGAUGGGCCGUUUGGGUUCUCACCACUCAUUGAUCGCUUCUGUGGGGGAAAGAACCCGGGCCUGGUUACAUCAACAGGACGUUUCAUGUGGAUCAAGUUCACCAGCGAUGAGGAGCUGGAAGGCCUUGGCUUCCACAUCAAGUACACUUUCAUUGCAGACCCUGAUUUCCAUCUGCACGUGGGCGGACUGCUAAACCCCAUACCAGACUGUCAGUUUGAAAUCGGUGGAUGGGAUGGGAUUAUUCGCUCCAGUCAGGUGGAGGAAGAAGAGAGAGUUAAGCCUGGUGAUGCUCUGGACUGUAUCUGGACCAUCAGGGCUCCUCCACACUCCAAGAUCUACCUGCGCUUUAUGGACUACCAGAUGGAACACUCUAAUGAGUGCAAGAAGAACUUUGUGGCCGUGUACGAUGGCAGCAGCGCCAUCGAAAACCUCAAGGCCAAGUUCUGUAGCACCGUGGCCAAUGAUGUGAUGCUGGAUAACGGUGUGGGAGUCGUGCGGAUGUGGGCUGACGAAAAGAGCAGACUCAGCCGGUUCCGCAUGCUCUUCACCUCAUUUGUUGACCCCCCCUGUUCAGCCAAUUCGUUCUUCUGCCACAGCAACAUGUGUAUCAACAACUCUCUGGUGUGCAAUGGGGUUCAGAACUGUGUCUACCCAUGGGAUGAAAACCACUGCAAAGAGAAGCGAUCGAAUGGCCUUUUUCAUCAGAUCACUAAGACCCAUGGCACUGUCAUUGGUGUCUCAUCUGGCAUAGUUCUGGUUCUUCUUAUCAUCUCCAUCCUGGUCCAGAUGAAGCAGCCAAGGAAAAAGGUUGUAGCUCGCCGGCCUGGUGUUUUCAACAAGGCAGGCUUCCAGGAGGUCUUCGACCCGCCCCACUACGAGCUCUUCUCUCUGCGUGACAAGGAGAUAUCGUCAGAUUUAGCCGACCUGUCUGAGCUCGACAGCUUCCACAAGUUGCGGCGCUCCUCCACCAUGUCCCGCUGUGUCCACGAGCACCACUGUGGCUCGCAAGCCUCAGUGGCUACAGGCGGGGGCAGCAUGAAGCACAGCCGCACCACCCUAAGCUCCAUGGAGCUGUCCUACCACAACGACUUCUCCAAGCCACCACCAAUGAAGACUUUCAACUCCACGUCUACUUACAAGAAGAGCUGCUACGGCUACAAGCAGCAUUCACAGACUCACGACUGCGACCAGCAGGUCAUUGAGGACCGUGUCACAGAGGAGAUCCCGUGUGAGAUCUAUGGGCGUGGAGGAGGAGGAGCCGGAGGAGGUGCCACAGGUGGAGGAGCAAUGGGAGGAGGAGGGGGAGCAUCAGGGAUUGCAGGAGGUGGGAUUGGAGGAGCAAUGGGGAUAACAGGAGGAAUGACCAUGCCAGGGGGAAUGAGUAUGGCGGGAGGAGUGAGCAUGGCGGGGCCUAGUGGCAUCGCUGGUGGUAUUGGUGGAGGCAUGGCAGGAGCCUGCGGAACCCUUAGUAUCCGUGGCAACAGCGCUCGAAACAGCACCACCAUAGUUGACCCACAACAGCGCUCCAUGUCCAUGGACUUCUAGAUGGUGAUAAUGAAGAAAAGGAGAAUGCAGAAAGAGCUUGCAUUUCACUCAUUGAAAGAAGAGAAGGAAGAAGAGAAGACAGGAGAAUCACAAUAAUCUUAAUCUGAUCGCUCCUCUUCCCUCCUCUGCCUUUACUUUCAAAGCAGUAUUAAAAGUAAUGCAGGUACCACUUAAGGAUCUCUUAAAGUGUCGUCUGAAGGUUCGGGAAAACAAGAAUCAAGGAAGAAAAAAAAGAGUAAAAAACAAAAAAAAGACUAUCUGUUCAGCAAAACUGAAGGAUUUAGAGUGAAGAGAGGGUGGAGACAUCUUGUCACUCCUCCAGUCUUCUACUCAUUUAAUCUCUCCUUUUCAUAAGACACAUAUAAGAAGAGGGUUCUCGCAUGCAGACCCGCACUUCUCUCUGUUUGGUAGCCUAGAAGACCAGGCAACCACUCAGAAACAAGGAGAGAGAAAGACGAAGAGACGUCCUAGACUGAGUUUUUACAUUUAUUCACCGGCCAUGCACAGAUAUAUGAAAUAUAAUAUAUAGUGCGUCUUCUAAUAAUUUGAGUCUUUAUUUUCGUCAGUGUACUGUACUGUUAAACCCAGUAUAUAUCCAGCCUCAUGAUGAUGCUUGGCUUUUAACUCUUUAAUCUUUUUCAAAUGUUGCUCUGAUGAUUUUAUGAAGAUGAAUUAUCCAUGACAUGAAGUGUUGACGAUGAAGAGGAUUAAGUUAUUGUUGUUGAUGAUGAUCAAAAAUAUGAUGAUGAUGAUGAUGAUGAUGACAAUGAUAAUGAUGUGAUAUGACUAUAAUAAUUAUGUAGUUUUCAUGGUUACCUCACACGGACACAGAGGGUAGCCUCCAUUCAGUCUCUCCUCAGGAAGAGCACAUGAAGAGACUGUCUUAUUUUGGUAAGAAAUUGAAUAAGAAAAUAAAAGUCUAUUUCUGCUCUGUGAGCUUUAUAGCAUAUGGGCAUUAAGGCUAUGAGUGAUUGUUUAUGGAAGAUGAAAUGUUUGGUUGUGUGGCCUGGACUGAAUCAAAAUAGCAACCAUCCCACUCCCAAACUGUCCACCCUUACCAGGAGAAAAUAUAAUUUCUCAAUUUCCCCAAGAACUGAGUGUGUAAAAACAAGCACAACCUGUUUCCCUACAGAGACAGACAUGUAGCCUAUAUGGGACUCAUUUAUGAUUUUAACCACUGGUUGUAUAAUUUCAUUCUGUUGAAUUAAAUGAGAGCUUACUCACCUCCCUGUGUCAGCUUUUCUGUUCACUAUAACCAAGAAAGAUGAAAAUGGCACACCACCCAUAGGCUGGAGAUGUCGCAUCGAGGUAAGGCACACAUUGUGACAUGCAGAUGGAAAACAAACAGCCCAGGCCCAGCUUUGAUUUGCAUG